GCCAUAUUGGGAUAAAUGCGUAAGUGUAUACAUGUACCCAGUGUAAAUGCCUUUAUACUUGAAGGCAGCCAUUGUUUCAAAAGUUUCGCUUUCACAGCGGGAAACUUUUGCAAUGGCGACGGAUGCGGCAGAAACGGGUAGUCCGUUGCAUUGCGCUACCUGUGAGAAAGAAAAUACGUGUUUAGUCCCUGCCGAGGAUGAAAUACAUGCGACAAAUGGAGAUCACGAAACGGAUGAAGAAAAACUAAUAACAGACGGCUCAUUUGAAAUUAACAAUGCAGUUGUUGUGAUUCCGAAUGGUGAUGAAUCAGACUCUGAAAAUAAAACCAAGAAUGAAGCAGGUUUUAAUGACAAUCUGAAAAGUGAUGUGGGCAAUACAGAAAGUGAUGCACCUUUUGUAGAUUCCGAUCAUAGAGCAGCAGAAGUCAAUGAUGAUAUACCGGUAAACGUAAUACAUGAAAAUGAUGACACGGGUGCGUACAUUUCUGCCGAAAGAAAACGUGCGCUCAGAGGCGACACUUUGGCGGCGGUCCCCAUCUCUUCACACGAAGAACUCCCAAUAAGCAAUGAACCGUGUCCAGUUGAUUCUAAUAUUGUGCCGGAAGUGAACAGCUCUGUUAGAAACGACGAUACUGAUACUACCGACUCGGCGACGCCGGAAGGGAACAUCACUGUCCAGCCUGAUGUCAACAAUGAAACAUAUCAGCCGCUGAUCGUCACCCAGUACAAAUUUCUGCCAUUAUCGACUCAUGAAUAUCCGGUUCAAGUCACCACUGAUCAACCUCCGCCGGAAUCCAUGACAAGACACGCGUACGUUGACCCUCCGACCUACUACCAGCAUCACGCGCUUUCACAGCAAGCGGCGACAUAUCAAACCGAGGCUUCAGUUGAUCCAACCGUCGCGCAGUCGUAUCCUCCGGAAAUAGCCGAGGCUUACCGACCCGAUUCAUCAAAUUCGGUGAAAUCGGAGACAGUGGACGGCGGGGCGGCAGAGCAGGGCGCUUCCGGUACCAUGUGGAACUACUACGGUCCACAUCGACCGAACAUGCCCGCCGCUAAUGAGUACGCAACAUUUUCACAGUACGUCGAAUAUCAGAAACACUUUGAUAUGAGUCAGGGUUAUCAGGGUCAAGGCCAAGAGCAGUCGAGGUCACAUAAUGACCCCAUGUUGCCGAGCGAGACAGACGCGGAUGAGAUGGCGGCCUUUGCGGCACAGCAGGCGUUCGUGUCAGGCUCGCGAGCAGGCGGGGAAGCUUUCUCAAACUUGAAGAGAGAUUGUUCCCACCCGAAAUACGGCGCGGAUCUUAGUGGCUCGUCUAUGGCAACGCCGGCGAAGCGGAAGUACAAGAAAGUGCGCGUGCCACCAGACCCAAUGAAGUGGCAAAUCAACAACGUCAAGGACUGGCUGGGGUGGUGUGUGGGCGAGUACAGUCUCGAUGACGUCAUCGACGUCACGAAGUUCCCAGAUGUGACCGGGAGAGAACUCUGUCAGAUGCCACGUGACGAGUUCGCCAAGCUCCUGGGCAACUUUGAGGCUGCGCAACAUCUUCUGGAUCACAUAGCCUUUCUGAGAGAAGCGUACAAUGCAGGUACCGACAGCAGUUCACAGGAAGGGACUCCAUCGGGUCCCCACCCUCAGGUCUACAUGCACAACAGCGGAGGCACGUGUGUCACCAAGAAUGACGCCGGUUUUGGGAAAUGCUGGCCCUCCCCCCACAGUCCAACAUCAGGAUAUGGUUCACCCCCACCCGUUCCUGGGUUGAGCAAGUCAGGGUUCGAAUCCCCUCACUCAGCGUGGAGGAACACUCAGGACGCAUAUCAAAUACUGGGACCUAUUUCUGCAAGGUUUUCGAACAGUGGAAGCGGACAAAUACAACUCUGGCAGUUUUUGCUGGAACUACUUUCUGACAGUCGGAACUCCCAGAUUAUUACGUGGGAGGGAACCAACGGAGAAUUCAAGUUAUCCGACCCCGACGAAGUGGCCAGAAAAUGGGGCGAAAGAAAAAGCAAACCAAACAUGAACUAUGAUAAAUUGAGUCGCGCGUUGAGAUACUAUUACGAUAAGAACAUAAUGACCAAAGUGCACGGGAAGCGUUACGCGUAUAAAUUUGACUUCCACGGACUAGCUCAGGCAGUGCAACCGUCGACGGAACACACAGCGUAUAAAUACCCACAAGACAUGCUCAUGUCGGCUGCCUACCCUCCGCCAAAAUUGAAUCUCAUGCCUCCCGCACAUGCACAGAUGACGUCAUCGACAUCCCCGUCUAUUUUUGGAGUGGGGAAUCCCUAUUCUUGGCCAGUGACGUCGGCGGGAUAUUAUCCUCCGAAUAUUCCGAGUCAUGUCCCGCACGGACAUCUUUCAUCGCAUAUGCCCUCGUACUAUUGAUUUCUUAAACCUAGAACAAUUUUUGUAUUACAAAAAAUGCCAGAAUAUGUUAUGUAAGAUACUACACAUGUAUAUUUUACCCAACUGUGAAUAACCUAUCUCAUUUGCCACAAGUUUUAAUGCGCAGAAUACGCUAAGAUAAAACGGUGUAUGAGAGAAAAUCAGAGACGAUUAUGAUUGUAUUGUUUAGCAAAAACUGGCCAUGAAUAAUUACGACUGACCGUCUAUCAUUAUGACUGACAACGCAUUAUAAUGACUCACCAAACAUAAAAUGACCUACAACGCAUGAGAACGACUUACAACGCAUUAUAACGACUGACAACGCAUCAGAACGACGAAAAGUUAUUAUGUCUUAUAAACAACGAAAAGCGAAAAAUUAUUUAAUUAUAGAAUGAUCUGAAAUUUUGUUUUGAAAUUGUUAUGAGAACCAUGGACGAAUCCACAAUUUGAAGGUAUUUUUUCUUCACUAUUAAGUCGUACGUUUCGAAGAGUGGUUAAGCAAAUUAGUAAUAUUUGUUGAUGCAUUUUCAAACAAUGUUAUAUUUAUAUGAUAUUGACAUUACAUGCAGAAUCUAUCGCAGAAUCUAUCGCGGGUUUAUCAAGUAAUAAAUUCUAUUAAACAGAUCUGAACUUUUAAAAAGACGCAUAACAUAUAGUUAAGAACUAAAUUACUCGCGUCAUGAGAAAAUGGGUCUUAAGCAAUUUGCAGCUGCGUUGAUUUAGCCCAGCUUGAGCAACUAGGCUGGUUAGGAGCAACCCUGUCCGCUUAUGAGACCACGAAACAGCGUUUUGCAGGCAUGGCUUGAGCUACGCUGGCUGCAUAUGGCAUAGGGGCCAUUUUCGCAUGACGUGUGUCAAAUAUUAUUUUAUAUAGCAUAUAUAAUGAUUGAAGAUAUGUUGAUAUUUUGCCAUGGGCAUUAGUCCUCCGGUCGAUUAGUCCAGAAGCGAUUGAACGUCUGUUUAUAUGUUUUCUCUUCUCAAUUUCGGUCAGUUUCACCCUGACAAUUAUAUUUUUUCUGAAAAUGAUCAUUGCCGUGCUCUGUGAAACAGGGAUUAAAUGCAUGUGCGUAAAGUGUCGUCCGAGAUUCAGGGACGACACUUCCGCCUAAAUUUGAAUUUUGCUAAGAAGAGACUUUCUUGAAACGAAAUAAUAUCAUAAAAGCGGAAAGUGUCGUCCCUGAUUAGCCUGUGCGGACUGCACAGGCUAAUCUGGGACGACACUUUACACACAUGCAUUAAACCAAUUGUUCACAGAGCACGAAACAUAUAUUUAUUUGUUAAUUAUUUUGACUUUAUUACUACACAUUAAACCGUUUUGUUCGUAUAUUUGUAUUACAUGUUCAUACUUAUUUAUAAUGUGUAGUAAACGAAUGUGCUAUUAUUGUUAUUCUAUUGAAAAUAAAAUGUAUCUUCGAAAUUGAAAACAAUUAUUUAUUAAAAUAUUGACACUUUC